CUCCACAGCAAGCACUCUCAGGCAAGCAGACGCCCGCACCGAAGCGCCGCCGCCGCGUUCACCGUUCGUCCGUUCCGCUCUUCCGCUCCAGUCUCCACCGCACCCGCCCACCCGCGCGCCGCCGCCGCCGCCGUGCAAUGGAAUCGAGGAAGCCGCCGCCCUCCGCCCUCGUCGACAACCACGUGGUCCCCGGGGACGUCGUCCUCGACCUCGCCGAGAUGACCAACCAGACCAUCAAGCUCGGCGCCGGCCUGCGACAGGAUUGCGACACCAUACAGGCUACCAGUGCUGGGAGGCUACGGCUUUCGAAGCCCAGCAAAUACUGGGUCGAGAGCUCGCAGAAGAGGUAUAUACCUUCUGUAGAAGAUACAGUUCUUGGUGUUGUGGUUGACACCAAACCAGAUAACUUCUUGGUGGAUAUAAAAGGUCCUAAUUUGGCCUUUUUACCAGUUCUUGCAUUUGAAGGUGGUACCAGGAGAAAUAUUCCAAAGUUCGAGAUUGGUACAUUAAUAUAUGCACGAGUGGUGAAAGCAAAUAGCAUCAUGAACCCAGAGCUCUCGUGCAUGGAUGCUACUGGGAAAGCAGCCGAAUUUGGUCAACUAAAAGAUGGCUAUAUGUUUGACACGUCUACUGGCCUGUCGCGGAUGUUGUUAAGUUCUCCAACAUGUCCAAUUCUAGAGGCCCUUGGAAAAAAACUUUCAUUUGAGAUUGCUGUUGGCCUGAAUGGCCGAGUGUGGGUUAAUGCACCUUCUCCAAGUAAUGUCAUUGUUGUAUCAAAUGCGAUUAUAAAAUCAGAAUCUUUGAGUGGCAUAGGGCAACGAAGUAUGGUGGAAAGUCUCUUGGAGAGACUAUCUUGAUGGUAAGCAAACUUUUUUUUUUGUCUUGGGUAAAAGUUUGAAUUUGUGGUUCCCAUUUUGCUUUAAAUAUUAACAAGUAUAACAUGGGGUCCUAUCAUUUUUUGUUACUUAAUUUUAAAUAUUCAUUCCCAUUUAUGUUUCUAUGAGCGUAUAUAUUUACCUUAAACAAAAACUUAAGCUGCGGUCAGUUUUACCUUGGGCUCUCUGCAUUCUGCAGCUGCCCUCAGGUCCCUACUAAGAUGAAAGCAUACUUUGUUCUGUUGUUCGAUUUCCCAUUUAUUUGUUACUAUCAUGCAACCACCAACUUUGAGGUUGAUAUGACAGCUUCCUUUGUCAUGUUAGCUAGAUCUGGAUUCCUAGGUCCCUUACGAGCAUUCUUCCUUAUCUGUUAUUGUCUCUCUUGAUUAUUAGCCAUAGCCCACAAAUUAUGUAGCCUUCACAUCAUGUUAUACAAAAAUAUGUUGUCAUGUAUAGCGUAGGACUACUACCUCUAAUCUACACCUUUAUGCUCAUUUUUCCUUAUCAUUAUUAUUUUGUGGGUACACUGUUCUCUAGUCAGUGUAGGGAGAACCGACUGGCAGUACUAAUGAAUCUUAAAGGAAUUACUGGUUAGACGUCAGCUAUGAUUCUGCAAACCGGAGAAACGGCACUAUAAUCGUGUUAUCUCAACAGGGAGCGGUAGAAGAAUGUACACAUAAGCAGGUACAUGAAAGAAGUUGAUGCGUUUUGAUGUCUUAUAUAUGAAGUUAACUGGAUGAUUCCGCUUAUGAAACUUCAUAGAGAGUUUUGUUCCAAUCAUACGUGAUACGCUGGUUUGUAAGAUGUCCUGGGAUUUGCACAAGGUUACUUGCUGAUCUGCUGGAAGAUGAUUGGUGGGUGAUAUUGAAUUUCUCAGAUAUAUGGCGUGUGAAAUUCCCCAUCUGUAUAAACUAACAUAUCAGCUGAACUAGUACUUCUCAAAUGAUAAUUUAGCUCCCAUCUUUAAGUGACCUAUGCGUGACGUUGGGAGAAUUUAGCCA